CAGAAAUUGCAGUGCCACGCCACGACACACUUCCGCACUUGUGCCGUUCGCCCUCUCCUGCGCGGACGGCGACGCCGCGCCGGUCGACGUCGCUCCGGCCCACCCCCGCCUCCUUCCUCCUCCUUCACCCGGUCUCGCCCACCGGCGGUCCUCCCCGCCCUGUCUCGCCGCCCUUCCCCGUCCCACGACUGCCUCUUUCGCCCGGUCCCGCCGGGCGCCCCCCAGGUGCUCGUAGAAACGCUGCAGCCACGCGUGCUAGGCGCGUCCGCGGCGGCGGAGGCGGCGGGCCGGGUCCCAUGGCGCAGGCCAAGCGGUACGUGCUGCGGCUCUUCAUCUCGCUCAAGUACGUGACGGCCAACGUGGUGGACCGGCAGAGCGGCCGCGUCGUGGUCACCGCCUCCACCGUCGAGAAGCCCCUCCGGGACGGGCUGGAGUGCGGCCGCGCCUGCAACGCCAAGGCGGCCGCCGCCGUCGGCGAGGUGCUCGCCAUGCGCCUCCGGGUGGAUGGCCUGGCGCACGAGCCCAUCCACGCCGACGCCGCCAAGGAGGUCGAGAAGAAGGGCUUCAAGAACCGCACCAAGGUCUGGGCCAUCCUCAACGCGCUCCGCAGCCACGGCGUCAACCUCCACGUCGACGACGACGGCGACCAUAGGCGGCAUGUCUGACGAGCAUCACUCAGACUUGGCUGCAGUCAGCUCGUUCUUCAGGCUCCUGACCUUCAACGCAUCCCUGGCCCUCUCGAGGUCUCUGAUCUUCUCCUCGAUCAGAUGCAGGUCCUCGUGGCCAGACUGAACUCCUGAUGGUGCUAGAGCGCUGGAGAAAUGUUGCGGUAGCGGUGGAGCUGAAGGUGUAGUGUUCUCGAUUCUUGAACUGCCUCCCAGGACCAGUAUCAUUUUCUGCAAACAAGUAGCAGGUUUAGUCCGAGUUGAGGAAGUAAUUGUGGAAACUGGAAAAAAAAGUCACUAUCUGAACUUGUAAAAUCUGUCAAUCAAAUUCACUCUUUUGGACCUGCAGAUUUAUCUCUUCCUUUAUAACGGUUUUAUACCCAUAA